AUGGAGUAUUUUUCCGCUAGUACGGUGAAUACGCAGUUUAAACGACCUCAAGCCAACUUGCUGAAGUCCUACAAACAUAUCCUACUAAAUAAUGGUCUUUCAACUUUACUUAUUUCCGAUCCUCAGGAGAAAAUUUCUGCGUGUUCAAUCUGUGUCAAAUGUGGAACAUAUAAUGACCCACCUGAUAUUCCUGGUCUAGCACACUUUUGUGAACAUAUGGUGUUUAUGGGUAGUUCAGAAUUUCCACACCCAAAUGAGUUUUUCAAUUGCAUAAACACUUUAGGGGGAGAAUGUAAUGCUUUUACAUCCGGUGAAAAGACAUGUUUCUACUAUGAAAUCCCAGUCAAUAAGUCUGAAAUCAAUGAAGAAUUAGGAUUUAGUUAUAGUUUGAGCGUUUUUAGUAGUUUUUUCAAGCUGCCAUUAUUUAACAAGACUUCCAUGAGUAUGGAAGUUGACUUGAUUAAUCAAGAGCAUGAAUUGAAUAUAUCCAAUGAGGAUAAAGUAUUGCUUCAUGGCAUGAGAUUACUAGCCAAUAAUAAUCACCCGUUUCAUAGGUUUGGAACAGGAAAUAAGAAAACUUUAAUGUCAACUAAACGUUCCAAGGUAAGAGAAGAGAUUAUAAAAUUCUAUCAAACUUACUAUUUUGCCGAGAAUAUGAUUUUGGUUUUAAAGGGCCCCCAAUCUAUAAAUCAAUUGCAAAAGUUGGCAAUUGCAAAUUUCCGAGCGAUCAAGAAAACCCCAGACGAACCUGAACAAAGUAGAAUAUCUCAUCCAGUGACAAAUUAUAAGAUCCACGAGGUAUUUUCAAAUUGGAACCAAGUCCUAUAUAUUCAACAUAGUAAGUGGACUAAAGUUCGGUUGCUUUUACCAAUUCCUAGCUCCACAUCUAAAUUCCUUGAGAAUGUUUGGUGCAAUUUACUAGGUGAUGAAUCUUGUGGCACAAUUUGUGAAUAUCUUAAACAUGAAAAAGGAUUUCUAAAUUCAAUCUACGUAUUCUCACACAAGUUUACCGCAAAGCAAAAAGCUUUAGCAAUAGAUUUAGGUUUGACCAAAAGUGGCGAAACAAAUUUGUCAACUGUAGUAAGCGCAAUCUUUAACUUUAUUGCUCAAAUCUUGUCUCAAAGUGAUGAAACAUUACACCAACUAUUGUCAGAAUAUUCUAGAGUAUUCAAAUUUAAUGCCUAUUUCCAAACAAAUCAAGAUUCACCCAUGAUUGAAGUUUCAAACUUAGCUCUAUUAUUGCAAGAUAGAGAGUUGCCUUUAGAAGAUAUAAUUUUGGGAUCUAGCCUAACAAUAAAAAAAGACGUUGGCAAAUUUAGAAAAAGAACCAUAGAACUUUUCAACAUUGAUAAACUAAACAUAAUAAUACUAUCAGAUAAGCCUCAAUUGGUAGAACAAGUAACUUUGCCAGCAACAGGUAAAUUAGAGAAGGAUCCAUUUUACAAUUUUGGGUACAAAACUUACAUUUUCAAGCCCCCAAGAAGAGGAGACAUCUUUCCAGAAUUUUCCUUGAUCUUAGAAAAUAGGUUUAUUCCAUUUACAUGCGAGCAAUUGGACAGAGCCAUAGCUAAUUCCAAAUUGAAAAAGUUUCAAUUUAUGGGAGAGAUACCCCAGGACCAAACCCCAAAAUUGUUGGAUUAUUCCAACUAUCAUGAAAUCUGGAUCUCUGAAUCACGAAAUUUAACCAACAUAGUGUUUACUUCGUUCCAAAUCAGGUUUUCACAAGUAAAAUUCACACCUGUAAAUUGUAUUGGAGUGGAAAUCAUGGCUAUAUUAUUUGAAACUUUUUUGUUGCAAAAGUUAUAUUUGGCAGAGUUGGCAAAUUAUUCAUGGGCUAUCUACCCGAAUUAUAAUAUAGCCCCAUCUUUUACUUUUGCCGCUUGUGGUCCAAAGCAUGGAUUCAAGUAUUUCUUACACGAAUUUGUUAAAAUGAUAAAUGGGUUUCUUAAUAAUGGUGUCAACAAUUUAGGCUACAAAAGAUUCACGAGAGCUAAAUUAGAAUUAAGAGAUGAAUAUGAAAAAUUACUUUCAAGAGAUGCAAUGAAACAAGCUCUAGCUAUAUCUAUUCUUGCACUUGAGUCAGGAAUUUGUCCCUUGAAUGAAAGAAUGGAAGCCCUUGAAAUUAUUAGUAUAGAAGAUUUACAACGCAUUUGCAAAAUUAUCAAAAAAGAUCAAAGCCAAGUACAAGUACUAAUAAGUGGAAACAUUGAUAGGAAGUUCAUAAUGGAUGUAAGUACCAUUAUUAACACAUUGUCCCACCACCAGCAAACCAUAUUGGAUGGAGUUAACUUUCCACAACCUAAAAGUGUUCGUCUAAAAGUGGGCGCAAACUAUGCAUAUGUACAUAACAACCCAGAUGAAAAAGUCCGAGCAGAUGAUGUUUACCAUUAUAUACAACUAGGACGCAGAGAUGAUAGUUCAGUUAGAACAAUGGCUGCGUUCUUAUCAUACCUAUUAUCCCAAACGGUUACUUACGAGCUUAGGACUAAGAAACAAGUGGGUUACAUGGUAUUGAGUGGAGUUCGGUAUAAUAAGGAAACAUUAGGAAUACAUAUCUAUGUCUCUAGCAGCAAAUUCACCUAUUCUGAAGUGAUGAGUGAGAUAGAACAAUUACUAUUUGAUUGGGAGAUACGUCUAUUAAACUAUACUCAAGAUGAUUUAGAUAAACAGAUUAAUACUUUUCUAGAAGGCUGUGACCGCUUCCCAGAAGAACAAUUGCCAUCUAAUAUUCUUUACGGAGUUCCCCCUAGUCAAUCAAGCGGCAAUUUUUCUACUGAUGAUAAGGGUUUUAAGAGGCAUCAAUGUUAUUGGGAAAAGAUACUUACAGGAAACUUUGAUUUUUCUGUUGGAAACAUGAAGGAAGAACUUGAUAUAGAUUUACUUGAGGGUAUGAAAACUGAAUCGUUGCUUACAUUUUUCGGAACAUAUAUAUCGAUUAAAUCAAAAGUGAGAUCCACACUUUCAAUAUUUAUUUCUUCGCGCAAGGCCAGAGAACUACAAGAAUACCGUGAAGCCAAAGAGACUCUCCAGGAAUUGUUGUCUGCCAAACAAUACAACCUUAGUCCAAUUCAAAUAAAAAUGUUGGUACGAGAACAUAAUAGAGAUAUUUCACAAAUAGUAAAACAUUUACAGGCACGUGGAUAUGAUAUCAAACAACCAAAGACUAAUUUACUGCUUUUGAAACUAAAUAACUCUUCCAAUAAUGAAAAAGAGUUUAGCAAACUUCAGCAAAAAUGCAUUGAAAAAUUCGGAAAAUUGUACAAAGACAAGUCCAGAGUAGUGCCAUUGAUAGAAGUAUCUAAGAUAUUAGAAAUCCAUGCAGGAUCUUCAAUAUGCCCAACCAAAGACCGCUAUUCGUCAAUUAAAAAACACGCCGAGUAA